UUUUUAGAUGUUUAUGGUUUGAAAUAAAAUGAACUGCAUAAAGUAGUAAUUUGUCUAGUUCUCAAAUAAUUUAUAGUAAUUUUAAUGAAUUGAUAGUGGACGCUUAAAAUAUAAGCGUUAUUGUUUAGAAAAUGUGGCCGACAUUGUUAGACAUGACAGAGGACGAAUCUGUAGAAAGUUUAAGGCAUCUAGAGUUAGAAGCUUAUUCAUCGUUAGUAUCUGCUUUAAGAGCUCAAGGAACUCUAAAUCAAGAAAAAAGGAAUUUACUGAAGGAAACAAGUAUUCUAUUAAACAUUUCAAAUGAAAGACAUAAAGCUGAAGUGCGUAGGGCUAUUAGUGAUGAAAGAUUAAACACUAUCGCAUAUCGCAAAUGUUACUGGGCAAUUGAGUUCUUUGGAAGAUUGGGCAUUAGAAGGUCGAAGACUUGUACCAUUAUUGCCGAGGUACCUCCUCAAACACCUUACUCAAUAAUAGCUGAUGAGGCUUCCGAUACAGCUGUACAGUACAACAGCCAACUUCCAUUGCCAGCUAAUACAGAGCGUAAAAGACCAGCUACAUCACCCGCUCCCUCAGUUUCAACCAAUGAUGUAGCUGGAAAAACACAGACAUUUAGAGUUCCAGAAGUUCCUAAAGAAGAUUUUAAGAAACGUAAAAGUUAUGCUGGUGAAAACAGUAGUCUUGCUCAGCAUUUACUGGGUAAUAAAAUAAGUAGAAUACAACAAAUUUAUCGUCAAGCUUCAAAGAUCUCAAAGCAUAAACACAAAGAUUUGGAUGAAACAGAGAGUAAAGAUUUGAUAAAAGCUAGUUUAAAUCCUAAUUCUGUGCAUAAUAGAGUUCAAACUGUGACAGCUCCAACUACUGUAAAUUCUCAGAAAAUUAAUAUUAUACAAAAUGUUUCUAUACCGCCGAUGAUGUCUGAGAAAUCUACAGAGACGAAUAUUACUAAGGAAGUAGUUAGUGAAAAUCAUUUACCCAAUCCGAAAAGUGUUAAUAAUGUGACGUUUCUAAAACAGUCUUCUAGUGAUGACACUUCCGAUCCUGUACCUAAAAUGAACACUAACAAAACUAUAAACAAAGGCAAAAAGUUGAUAGUUGUUUCAAACGCUUCAACUAUAACUACAAAUAGUAUAUUACAAAAGACUUUGUCAGUUCCAAUGAACAAAUUAACUAAAUUAAAUUUAGAUAAAUUUAAGAUAGUAGGUAACAGUCAGUUCCCCUCGAAUCUACAACUAGCAAAUACUCAAAACCUAUCUCCGAAACUCGUUACUUUUAAAGGAAAUACCACUAAAAAAGUGAUUCCGUUCUCUCAAUUGCAAAUGUUACAUUCUAAGGGCCUGAAAAUGGUUCCUUAUAGCGGUAAAGUGUUUGAUAAGCAUAUAAAAUUAAGUAAUCUACAAUCUGGUGAGGUUCCGGUAAAGAAAAACGUGAUAUCAGUUCAAAAUUCAAACAGUUUAGAGAAAUUAAAAUCGACUGAGGUUCUUCCUGAAAAUACUCUAAUAGAGGAAUUACAAAAAAUGGAGGAUAGUAUAACGAUAGACGAUGAAUUGCCAGAGGAUGAUAUUAAAAUGAAUAAGUUAGGGGAAUCUAAUACAGUUUUGGUGGAUUCAGAUCAGACUGAUUCAAAUUCUGAGGAAAAUGAAAUUACAGAUACUGAUGAAGACUGCC